GAAAACAAGCAUAAUCUCCGUUCCAGCUGGGGGUUUGUCACAAUUAAUUCAUCACUUGUCAGCACUCUGGAAUUUCUGGAAAUGAAGUUUGCUAUAAUAAUUAUACGCUGUAGCAAAAGUGAUUUCAUACGUAAUAAGUAUUCAUCCAUGUUGUCGAUGAAUAGGAUUAUUACCAACAACGUAAUAAAGUGUAAGAUAGACGUGGAUAUAAACUUGACAGUGGGAAUAAGUUAAGAUGAAUAUCUGAUAUUUUAAGAAUACUUAAGACGCGUUUCAGUAAAUAAUGUCGAGCUAUAAGAAAAGAAAAUACGACUACAUCGUUGUCAUAUUGCCUUUUAUAUAAUUGUGGCUAUGCUAGUUGAGUAUGGAAAAACAGAACUUCCACUCGUAUUGAAUUACAGACCCUGACAUACUUUUAUACUUUUAUCAGUUAGACAUUUGAAGUACCGAAAUUAAAUACGUAGAUACGACAUACUCUGAUACUAGUAUACAUGUUCUUGACUGAAUGUCACAUACAAUCACGGUGAGUAUUUGUGCAAUACUAUUCAGGUGAAGGAUAUUUGAGAUUGGAAGAAACGUGGCAUGAUACAUAAAAAACUUAUGUCCUGUUAGUCGUGCAUAAAAAGUGUUAACGCUUGUGAAUACGAACAAAAAUCAGUGCUUUAAAUUUCAAGUAUAUUGGAUAUGCCGUCUUAAAUGGAGAACAAAUGAAAUUCAAGGGGCUAAAUCGGAGAGGGAUAAAGUAGGCUUGCUUCCGUUAAACACCUGAUUAAAGUGAGCAAAACUAGUUUAAACAUGUGAUCUACUCGUUACGUUUUACUUGCGGGGCAUUCUUGUUAUUCACUUUUAAAUAGCGCGGCUUGCUACACUGAUGAAGUGAACGAUUAACCCGGUCAUGGCUUCCUUUGUUGGUGUUGGAUGUAUGUCGGGGUCGUCGAUGGACGGCUUGGAUAUUUGUUGCGUGGAAUUUACGGGCGAUAUUUUCACUGACCUGUGGGGCUACCGCAUCCUUGCGGCCGAAACCGUUGCUUACUCUAAGCAAUGGUCAGAACGCUUGCGUGACGCAGAUAACCUUUCUGGUAUUGAAUUGAUCAGAUUGCAUGUUGAUUACGGACGAUUUCAAGGUAAAUGCGUGUCGACGUUUAUCACAAAGCACCGUUUAAAUGAACGCGUGCAGUUCGUGGCAUCACAUGGACAUACAGUAUUUCAUAAGCCGCAGGAGGGCAUUUCCUUCCAACUCGGAGACGGCGAGGUUACAGCGGCGAUGCUCAAGGUGCCAUUCGUCUGCAAUUUCCGAGCCAAAGACGUAACCAUUGGUGGACAGGGUGCACCAUUAGUGCCCUGCGGAGAAAAAUACCUGUUUAGAAACAGUGACAUCUGUAUCAAUCUUGGUGGCAUUGCAAACAUUGGCAUUAAAGGGAUGCGUGGUUAUGACAUUUGUCCGUGCAACAGAAUAUUGAAUAGUCUGGUGUUGGAGAAAGGCGGCGGGCAACAGUAUGACAAGGACGGUGAUCUGGCGCGUUCAGGUGACAUGGUACCGGAAGUGCUUGUGAAGCUUCAGAACCUUUCCUACUACCAACAAGACCCACCGAAGUCACUUUGGGUCGACUAUAUUGAGGAGAACGUGUUGCCAAUAUUAGAUUGCAACAAAUACAAAGUCGAAAACCUCUUGCGAACAUGCACAGAGCACGUUGCGUCCAUGGUAGCAGAUGCUUGCUUCGAGGCCAAGCCAUCCAUAGCAACAACUUCCCACCAUCCGAAUAGGACAGUCCUGAUAACGGGAGGAGGGGCGUUGAACAAAUACCUUGUUGAACUGAUUGGCCAAUAUCUGGAUGCGCAAGGCUUCGAAAUCGAGCAAGUCGACGAAGAAACGAUUAAUUUCAAAGAGGCUCUGAUUUUCGCGUUCCUUGGCAUGCGCUGCUUGCUCGGUGAAGACAAUGUGUUCAGCGAGACUACAGGCGCCCGCCAGGACUCGGUAUCUGGCAGCAUUCACAGACCGCUGUCAAGUGGAAGUGCCAAGCAUAUUAGUUUAUUACACUGAAUUGUUGACAUUGCUAAAUUGACUAAAUGAUUUAAAGCGGGUGUUCAGUGUCCUGCCGAGUUGUGGUUGUAAAGGCAUUCUAGUAUUAUUGCUGCCAAGGUCGCAUCUGUUAGUUUAUUAUAAAUUACAGGGUUCGUAGGUGACCUGACAUGGGAUAUACGGGGCAAUGGAAAUUAUAUCGGGUGAGAGUGAAGCUCGAACAAGAACAUGGUUCCCUGCGCCCCGUAUAUCCCAUAUCGGGCCACCUACUAACCCCGUAACGUAUAUAUCACGUCGACAACCCGUUUACAUGUUUAUAUGUUUCAUCAAUUCAUCGAAAUCGGAAAAUAGACGCCAUUUUGGUACGAUAUAAAUUUGGUAACAUGCAAAAAUAUGGGGUCACCACGUGACCAGUCCUAGACUAUUGGCAAUUCGUCAUUUAUGUUGGAGGCGUAAUAUACCGCAAUAUAGAUGACACGAGCAUUAUGCAUGAAAAAGAAAUCAUAAACAUCAACUGCGCAAUUUGUUUUUGCCAGACUGUUUUUCUGUUUGUUUGUUCAGUAACCUUGCAAUGCCAAUCAUCACAACGCACAGUGUGAGUUUGUCUAAAUGUACAUUCGACUUUCAACAUUUACCGCUCGAUCACUGACCUUUAUGAAGUAAUGCAAACAUGCGACACAUCAGACUAACUGGAGAUUAACAUGUCAAGGUGAUAAGUAACCAUGUGUUGAACAAGUGAUUGUGUCAGCGUUUCUUCAAUGUUAUUGGUGUAAAGUCCUUGAAACAUUAUGUCUUUGGCAUUUAAUCAUGAUGAAAUAUAUUAAACCAACCACUACAUAUGUGUAUGUACAGGUAUGGCUACGUAUUACUGCGUAUUAAAUGAUUACAAAACAUAUCGUGAGAGAUC